GCCAGGGCCGAAGUCCUCCGCCAUAGAGCCCCCCCCCGCUCCUUUCCCGUAUUACGGAACAGCGGGGCACCACUCAGGCCUGGCUCCAGACCCGGAAGUACUAGUGGGAGGGCAGCGGAAAGUCUGAGCCCUCCCCUAGCAACCGCUGCGGAGCGCCCUUAGCAGCGGCGGCCAUGCCGGUCUGGGUGCGGGAUUACAGCUGGCGGCAGACGGACACGGCUGUUUUCCUCUCCGUGCCGAUGCGGGGUGUCCGGGUCACCCAGGCAAACAUCUUCUGCACUGACCAGUAUCUGAAGGUAAAUGUUCCUCCAUUUUUAUUUGAAGCCAUUCUGUAUGCUCCUGUUGAUGACACUAGUAGUACAGCAAAGAUCAGAAAUGAGACCAUUUUCUUCACUUUAUAUAAAAAAGAAGUGGCCAUGUGGGAAUCCCUGGUUAUGGAAAAUGGUGACAAAGAGAAAAUGCAGAGAAUAAGAGAGAAUGCUGUUAUAAAAGCCCAAGAGAAGGCAGAUGAAGAGGAAAAAUCAAAAGCUGUUACAAAACGAGAACAUAAAAAAUUAGCUCUGGAGGCCACAAUGAAGCUAGAAGAAACCGAGAGAAAAAGAAUUGAAAAUCUGAAAGAAGAGGAGCGAAAGAAGGUCACUGAGGAGCUGGAGAUAUGGAAAGAAAAGCAGAGAAAUGAGGAGAAACAAAGAAGGAUACAAAGUGAAGAGAAAAUACGUAGAGAAAGGAAACUAAUAGAGGAGAAGAAAAAGUCAGAAAUAAAUAAAACUCUAAAUGCAGGAACUUCCAAGGCUAGAAGUAUACCUACAAGAGGUGCUGGUAGUUCUGGAAGUAUAUUUUCAGAGAAGUUAAAAGAAGAAUCUUUCCCUGCUCCUCGAUCUGCUGGUACUAUUCAAAUUAAUUUCACAUCUCGGGUGUUUCCUACGGCACUCAGAGAAUCCAGAGUAGCAGAAGAGGAAGAGUGGCUGCAUAAACAAGCAGAGGCUCGUAGAGCAAUGAAUGCUAAUUUUUCUGAGCUGAAGGAUUUAAAUGAGGAGGAGAAGAACCCAGACUGGUUGAAAGACAAAGGAAACAAAAUGUUUGCAACAGGAAACUAUCUUGCAGCUGUAAAUGCCUAUAACCUGGCAAUUCUGUUAAAUAAUAAGAUUCCAGUACUAUAUCUGAAUCGUGCUGCUUGUCACCUUAAAUUGAGAAACUUGCACAAGACCAUUGAAGAUUCAUCUAAGGCACUAGAAUUAUUGAUACCACCUGUUCCAGACAAUGCUGAUGCUAGAGUGAAAGCUUACGUGAGGCGUGGGACAGCAUUUUGUCAGCUGGAAUUGUAUGCUGAAGGUCUCCAGGAUUAUGAUGCUGCUCUCAAGAUCGAUCCUACAAAUAAAACUUUAAAACAAGAUGCUGAGAAGAUUCAACAUAUAAUUCAGGGAACUGCACAAGAUUCUUAACAAAGUCAAGAAUCAGCAUGGUGGUGUAUUUAACAGACUGGAAACAGGAAAACACUUAUUUUAAAUUCUGCCUAAGCCAGUGAAGCCACCAGACUUUUUGUUGCUGCACUCAUCCCAGUUAUAAAAUUGGGUAAAAGAGAAGAUACUUCUCAUAAGAACUACUAUAAUUUGGGUAAAUAUAGUGCAGAAAGAGAAGUAAAUAAUACAUAUUUUAUUUUCUUACCUGUUUCCAAAAUUGUCAUUUGUUUUCUUUGUAUGAAAUAUUGGCUAGCCUGAAUAACAGAACAUAAUUUACUAUAUUUAAUUUCAAAUCUGUUAUUAAGCAAUCAGAUGUAGUCUCAUAGAUUUUUAAAACAACUUCAGUGGUUAGUCAACAUUAUUAAGCAUGUUCAUAGUUUUGCUGCCAAAGUUAAAGUGCUAAUGUAGAAAGGAACAGCCAUCAGAACUGUUGUGAAAUCAGAAGCCAUCCAAUUAGAAAUAUUUCACAUAGGACUAGAAAUUACAUAAUGCUCAUAUUGUAUAUGAAUUUGCCCAACCAAACAACCAACCCUAAAAUACUUUCUUAAAAAACUGGAGCCAAAAUAUUCAGCUCCCAUUGAAGACAAAGUUUUCAGAGCUUGGUGCCUCUCAAAAUCAGGCUAUGUAUUUAGGUGCCUAACUUUGAAUUUAGGUGCUUAAUAUCAGGCACACGACUUGGAAAAUCUUGGUCUGGGAGAGGGUUAAUAUAAUCCUUGUAAAAUGCAGUAAAAUAUUAUUUGAGUGUUAAGCAAUAUAUAUUAAAUGUUUCUAACCCAUUCAAAAAAAUUUGACAUAUAUUGAUUGAACUGACCAAACAGUUAUGAUGCAAUUGUAAUUUUGUCAGUAGUAAUGCAUUUUAAAUGAAAAACAGCAAGCCUGCUGUUGGCUGAAUACAUCUGUAGAUCUUUUAUUUCAUAAUGGUGUUAAAUUAAUGUUGUUAUAAAGUGUCCUGUUAAUGGAUCACUUAAACCUGCCAGGAUCUUAAGGUACAUCUACACAGCAAUUAAGCACCUGUGGCUGGCCUGGGUCAGCUGACUUGGCCUUGCAGCGCAGUGGGGCUCUAAAAUUGCUGUGUAGACAUUUGGGCUUGGGUUCUGGGAGAUGUGGUUGUGGGAGUGUUGGGGAUAACAGGAUAGGAGCUUAACUGGCCCAGUUUGAGUCUAGGGAGCCCCAACAAAAUAUGACUAUCUUCCCAAACAAAACCAAGUUGGGAAGCCCUAGAGAUGAGGAAAAGAGGAGAAGCUGAGAACCAAUAACCAGCUGUGGAUCCCUGAUUCUCUUCCAGCCCCAGAGCAGGUUAGAGCAGCCUGGAGGCUGCCUUAAUUUGUGCCAACUGGUUAUGGUUCCUAAAGACUACAUCCCAGCUGGAUAUAGCGAGAGCAUAUUAUGCUCAAGCCACUUUCUCCCUGUGCCUGACAUGCUCCUUUCCACCCCAACAUGAUUCCAUGCUGCAGCGAGGGAAGCAUUGAAGCAGGUUACACUUGUUCUAUGCCCCAUGGGGACUCUCCUAUGCCCGGAGAAUCCCUAGAGGAUAUGUGAAUGGUUUCUUCUCCCUUUAUGCCAUCUGCAUUGCCUGAAUGGGGUGGAACAGGGCAGAGAAUGUUUUUUGAACUAAAGCUUGGCCCUUAGGCUGAAAAAACUGGAUCCCACUGGGUUUGUUAAUGUGGUCUGGGAUACUGUUAUACUUAUUUUAAACUUUUGACUGUUAUUUUGAGUAUGCUUGGCACUGAUGGCGAACAGCUAUGAUGCAUUACUUGACCUCAUUCUGAAUUUCUUUCUUAGGUUACUAAUUUGUUCCUGAUUUGACAAUUUGGGAAUUUCUGACACUCUGGGAAUUUUAUGCAAGAGGGCCCUGCCACUCCUUAGAACCAGUAGUAGACACUAUAUUACGCCCUCUUUAAGCAUGGUGAAGCAGCUCUGCAUAAUGCCUCCCAGUUCUCCCUCUGUUUGUUAUCCCUAAUGCAGGGCUGUGAUUAGCAUUCACCGAUUUUUGCUUAAAUUUAACUUUUUGUUUCUCACUUAUUCUGAAUAGGUCCCAAAGAAGUGGCAAAGACACGGUUACUGAUGUUCACAAAGUAUUAGCUGCCUGAAGUUUUCAUUUAUUCUAUGCGUUUUUUCUCUGAGCUGUCUGUUCCAUACAGUGAAUGUUUUAUUCCAGAGUAUGUGAUUUAUAUUUAAUCUUCUGUUCAGACUAUAUUUUACAUAUGAGGACAAAAUGAACCAUACUUGCAUAAAAUUCCCAACCCAACUUUUAGCUGCCCUCAACCCAACCUCUAUAUUUGUGCCUUCAAAACCCCUAUUUUUCAAGCAAACUUGUGUACCUAACAAAGAUUUGUAUGAGUGAAUUCCCAUUUACCCACUGCUAAAAAUAUGGUCCAUCCAUGUUUAAAUAUAGAAGUUCAGUUACUUUUGUUUUCAUAUUUGUGUACCCUUUGGUUUAAAUUAGUAUUUUAAGAUACAUAUUGUAACAGUACCUAUAGAUUAAAACAUUUGUCUCACAUGCAAACCUCAAAUUAAAGGGCUGUACAUGGGGAAAACUACAUUGAUGUUAAGGAUAGAUGGCAUCCCCCCUUCAGCAACUCAGAGGCAGUGUGCAUAGCUUGGUUUUGAACACUACAUUACAGCCAGUAGGUUAGCUGCAAACUGUUGCAUCACCUCCCUGACUUGUGUUGUGUUCCAGUCGAUCAGUGCAUUUAUCAGAUCCACUGGCUGUUAUCCUGACCUAUGCAAAAUACUUUCCCCAUGUUUUGUGCAGAAAGUUUACUGCUGAACCUCUUCUCCAUGCAGAAC